AAGGCAAGGCAUGCUUCGUGCUCUACCUGCCACGAUCUCCAUCCAUCAAUUGUCAAAACCCAAAACCUACCUGCCAAAUAUAAAUACGCUUCCCAACUUUUUCUCUCCUUCAUCCAUGGUCUUCAAUCGUACCGUAACUUCUCUUCUAUCUCCUUUCUUAAGUCUUUCCUGACUGCCUCUUUUCAUUCUCUAUUAUUUAAACAACAACAACAUCCACUGUUUCUAAGAGGCAACCCAUGGAGGCUUUCGUUGCGCUGUUUCUUACAACUUUUGCCUUGGUGUUGGGUGCCGCUGUUGCUGACCCCGACUUGCUUCAGGAUAUAUGUGUUGCCGAUCUUUCCUCUGGAGUGAAAGUGAAUGGAUUCCCCUGCAAGAACCCCUCAAGCGUAGGAGCAGAUGACUUCUUCUUUGCCGGUCUGGCCAAACCAGGCUUCACCAACAACACCUUGGGGUCGCUUGUCACAGGGGCCAAUGUGGAAAAGAUCCCAGGUCUCAAUACCCUCGGCGUCUCCCUCUCUCGCAUUGACUACGCCCCCGGUGGGCUCAACCCUCCCCACACCCACCCACGAGCAACCGAGAUAGUGUUCGUGCUGGAAGGAGAGCUGGAGGUUGGCUUCAUAACCACAUCCAACGUAUUGAUAUCAAAGUCGAUCAGGAAGGGUGAAAUAUUUGUGUUCCCUAAAGGAUUGGUGCAUUUCCAGAAGAACAUUGGGAUGAUGCCUGCUUCUGUUAUAGCUGCCUUCAAUAGUCAGUUGCCCGGAACACAGUCCCUUGCUGCCACCCUAUUUGCAGCCACGCCAACAGUGCCUGAUGAUGUAUUGAGCAAGGCAUUCCAGAUUGGUACAAAACAGGUUCAGAAAAUUAAGUCCAGGUUGGCACCCAAAAAGUAGACUAAAUUAAGCUUUGCUGUUGCUGCUGCUGUUGUUUAAUAGUUGGAGAAGGAGAAUUGGUGGGCAGCUUUUUAAUGUGAAUUUCUUGUCUCAGGCAGGGGGGAAAAGAGUUAUCAUAUCUCAAACUGCAAGCUUUGUUUUCAUUGUGAAAAGCCAAUAAAUAUCGCAAUAAAUGGAUUGCGUACACCCCUUCCAUCAUAUGGGAUAAAACCUUGGUGUACCAUUGUUUAUGUUUAA